AUGAGACCAGUGCAGUUAGCAGUGCUUCUUGUGGUGGCCGUAGCGGCCUCCGGAGCGGCCCAAGUGGACAAAAAGGUGGCCAAACGCGGCGCCCUCGGUGCUGGCGGUCUUGGAUCGUGGGACCAACUGUCGCUGCUUUCCACCUUCCACCCCUACGCAGCCCUGCUCGGCGGGGGUGGCAACCUCUUCCACGGAGACAACAUCGGUUUGGCCUCGUCUCCCCACCUGGACCUUUACGGCCUCGGAGGCGGCCCCAACUACGGCGGUCUUGGACUUUUGAACGUCGGCACCGCCGCCCAGGUCGGCUACAACCCCUACUUUUCUGCCGCCCCCAACCCCUAUCGCAACCUGCUUUCGUACAACCCUUACAGAAAUAAUAACAAUAACAUCAUCCCCCAAUAUUCUCCUGCAUCCCCCAACCUGCAAUACCCUCAAGCCCCCAGACCGACGCCAACCUUCUCCACCCCAACCCCCACCCCUGACGCUGUGGACAAGGCCAUCAACACCUUUGCCAACACCGCCAUCUACAGCACCGCCGCUCCUCUGAAGAACUACACCCCUGCACUCAACUAUGAGGCCAUAAAGUCCUUCAACCCCUCCCCCACCUAUUCCCCUUCAAAGCCCUUCGUGCCCUCCACCCAGUACGAGCCUGUGAAGUCCUCUUACGAGUCAUACGAGCCAGUCAAGACCUCUCAAAAUUCGUACGAGCCCACCAGACUGUCCCUCUACACAAAUGCACCCUCUCCCCUGGAUGUGAAGCAACCUCAGGGUCACCAGGACAUGACCUCGGCCGUUCUGCCUGCCGUGUCCACCACCGUCUCGCCGUACCCUGCUCCUAGACAAGAGCUGAAACUUUCAGCCACCUACUCAUCCGCUGCAACGAGUCAAAAUGCGGCCACCCCUGCGCCGAGAUUUGCUGGCUACGGCCACCCUGUCUACGGUGUUUACGGAACCGCCUUCCCACCCACCUACAGGGACCAGCCGUACUUCCAGCACUAA